AUGCUUAGGGUUUCUCUGAGGGGCAGGUUUACUGGGAACGGGUUAUCACCCGUUUCUUUGGCGAGAAGGGGGUUAAGCAUACAGGUUUUGUCUACGCCCAACGACAAUGCAUUGAAGUUCCUGUCGAAGGACGGGGAGAUGUUUCAAACGAGGGGUGCGAAGAGUAUAAUGAUCAAGAACACUGACGAUACGCUCAUAGACCAUUCCAACCUUGCUAAGACGCUUUUCGUCCAGUGUCCCGGUAUUGAGGAACUGAUGAUUGGUGAUGACUUCUUGACUGUCAACAAGGAUUCCAUGGUACACUGGAAUCAGAUCAAACCCGCCGUGCUGGAGAUACUGACCUCACAUUUGAGCUCUGGGGAUAGCGUGGUCUCUGAAGAGUUCCAAAACGUCAAAGAGCAGAAGGAAGGCGGUUACAAAGUGAACAUGCCCAAAUUUGAGUACAAUGAGGACGAGCAAGAGGUGAGCGAGUUAAUCGAGGAGCUUAUAGAUACGCGGAUCAGACCGGCAAUUAUGGAGGACGGUGGUGACAUUGACUACCGUGGGUGGGACCCUGCAACGGGGACUGUGUACUUGAAGCUUCAAGGUGCUUGCACGUCUUGCUCUAGCAGUGAGGUCACGUUGAAGUACGGUAUUGAAUCGAUGUUGAAGCAUUAUGUCGAAGAGGUGAACGAUGUCAUACAGAUGUUGGACCCGGAGCAGGAGAUUGCCUUGAAAGAAUUUGAUAAACUGGAGAAGAAGUUGUCGGAGGAUAAGAAAGAAUUACCACAAGAGGACACUACUGCACACUCCCAGUAG